GUUAUCUUGAUUCAAAUCAUGAGUUGAUGACCCGAUUGACCGUAAUGAUUUCGCGGGGGAUAACGAGCAUUGCUGGAUUGGCUUGGCCUGGGUCUGUGUUGAACUGGCAUCGUGAAUUUUAGAGUUGAAAAGCUUUACUAGAGGAAAUGAAGACGCGACCCACAGGAAACACUUCCAACGCCGACUGGAUGGGCUCCCUGUGCCCUGCUCUCACAUCUAUGCCCCUCAAGCACCUGGCGGUUCCUGGCUCUCAUGAUUCCUUCAGCUUCUGGGUGGAUGAGCAAGCUCCAGUCGGUCCAGACCAGAAAACGUAUGUGAAGCAUCUGGCUGCGAUAUUCCGCUUCCUGGCCAAGAAGGUGAUGAAGAAGUGGUCCAUGACCCAGAACCUCACCUUCAGGGAACAGCUCGAAGGAGGAAUACGCUAUUUCGACCUGCGUGUUUCCUCCAAACCAGGAGAACCAGGCCGUGAGAUAUACUUUAUACACGGGCUGUUCGGACACAAAGUACGUGAUGGCCUUAAUGACAUUAACAAUUUUUUGAACCUACACAAGAAAGAGGUUGUUUUUUUAGACUUUAACCAUCAUUAUGCAAUGAGCGCGGAGCAUCAUCAUUACCUAAUCAAGAUGCUGAAGGACGUGUUUGGUCACAAGCUCUGCAAGACUGAUGAGGUGGAGGACAUCACUCUGAAUUAUCUGUGGGAGAACAGGUACCAGGUCCUAGUGUUCUACCACCAUCCAUCUGCUGAGGGCUGUCCUGUGAUGUGGCCUGGUAGUAAAAUUCCCGCCCCCUGGGCCAAUACCACAGACACCACCAAGCUCAUCCAGUUCCUGGAGACAACUUUGGGUGAACGAUCCAAAUACGGCAGCUUUCAUGUCUCUCAAGCCAUUUUAACCCCACGUGUCAAGACCAUCGCCAGAGGCCUGGUACGGGGGCUAAGAAACUACCUGGUGGAGAAGAACCUUCCAACCAUAAUGACGUGGGUGGAGGCACAAAAGCCAGGUGUAGAUGGGGUCAAUAUCAUCACUUCAGACUUCGUAGAACUAGUGGACUUCGCAAACACCGUCAUUAAAUUAAAUAACCUCCUCAUUCAGGAUCGGCCAGGCACAUGACCUUUUCAGUGACCGCCAUGAAGACUGAAAGUGUGCUGACCAUGAGGACCUGGAAUCACAUGGGGGUCACAGCAGGUGACGGAUACCUAUGACCAUUUUUUAUAUUUAAUUCAACAGAACAUUAAGUGCCAUCAAUCUGAUACCCAUGUUCACUGAAACUCUUUUCAACAACAGUUGUUCACCUACACUUCAUGUAUUGAAGGAAACUAUUGUAACUAUUUAUGAUUAAUUAUAACAUUUUAGAACAUAUUUUAAGAAAUGUUAAAUGUUUAUUCUAUAACAGAGCAAGAACAAACAUGGUCAUUGAGUUUUUACUUACGUCUUGAAAAAGAAAGUUUCCCAUAUUUUUAUAUAUAUAUAUAUAAAAUAUAUAUAUAUCUCAGCACAUUAAAAAGGUUUAGCAAUGGCUCAUAUGUAUACCUGAUGUGAUCAACAGUUUCUGGUCUUUAUUUGUGUUUGAAAGAUGUGGCCUCGGUCAUGGCAGGAACCUUAUUUUGACAGCUGGUCCAA